AUGGCGGCCGUGCGGGGCCUGCGGAUCUCGGUGAAGGCGGAGGCAGCGGCCGCAACGGCUGAGCUUCGCGGCCCAGAGCCUGAACCUAUGGAAGUGGAAGAGGGAGAACUGGAGACCAUCCCCGUGAGGCGCUCGCUCCGGGAGCUCAUUCCGGACACCAGUAGGAGAUACGAAAACAAAGCUGGGAGUUUCAUUACUGGAAUAGAUGUAACCUCCAAGGAAGCAAUUGAGAAAAAGGAACAAAGAGCCAAGCGCUUUCAUUUUCGAGCUGAAGUGAAUCUUGCCCAGAGGAAUGUGGCGCUGGAUCGGGACAUGAUGAAGAAAGCAAUUCCUAAAGUGAGACUGGACACAAUUUACAUUUGUGGAGUGGAUGAGAUGAGUACACAGGACAUCUUUGCCUAUUUCAAAGAGUAUCCUCCUGCUCAUAUUGAGUGGUUGGAUGAUACAUCAUGUAAUGUGGUCUGGCUUGAUGAAGUAACAGCAACGCGGGCUCUAAUAAAUAUGAGUUCCUUGCCUGAUCAGGAGAAAACAAAAAGCAGAGAAAACAAUGAAGAGAAGACAACUGAAAAAACCAAGAAAGAAAAACAGGAGGAAAGUUCUGAUGAUGAGACGGAAGAAGGUGAGGUUGAGGAUGACAAUCCAAGUGACGUUGAGUUGGAUGCCCUCUCCCAGGUAGAAGAGGAUUCUCUCCUGCGUAAUGAUCUUCGUCCUGCCAAUAAACUGGCUAAAGGAAACAAGCUAUUCAUGAGAUUUGCUACUAAAGAUGACAAAAAGGAGCUGGGAGCUGCAAGGCGAAGCCAGUAUUACAUGAAAUAUGGCAACCCGAAUUACGGAGGCAUGAAGGGGAUUCUUAGCAAUUCAUGGAAACGAAGAUACCAUUCACGUCGAAUCCAUCGGGAUGUGAUAAAGAAAAGGACACUUAUUGGGGAUGAUGUUGGCUUGACUCCUCCUUAUAAACAUCGUCAUUCAGGCUUAGUAAAUGUUCCUGAGGAGCCUAUUGAGGAGGAAGAGGAGGAAGAAGAAGAUCAGGAUAUGGAUGAAGAUGACAGAGUUGUGGUAGAGUACCGUGAUGAACUGCAAGCUUUCAAACAGUCCCGAGACCGCAGUGCAGCAAGACGAUCGAGUGCUAGUGCAUCUGAUUCUGAUGAAAUGGACUAUGAUCUUGAACUGAAAAUGAUAUCAACACCCUCUCCCAAAAAGAGCAUGAAAAUGACAAUGUAUGCAGAUGAGGUGGAAUCACAACUGAAAAAUAUUAGGAAUUCCAUGCGAGCAGAUAGCAUAGCAACCAGCAACAUCAAAAAUCGGAUUGGCAAUAAAGGAUCCUCAGAGAAAGUUGCAGAUGUAAGACUACUGUUAGAAGAAAAACGUCAGAAUAAUACUGGGCCACGUCAGCCAAACAGCACUGUAAAAUCAGAUGUGCGGCAAAGACUGGGAAAAAGACCACAUUCUCCAGAAAUUAAACCUCCAAGUAGUACCUCUGCUCCUCGUCGAGAACCGAUAUCAGAUGUACACAGCCGGUUAGGAAUCCCCAAACAAGAUGUAAAAGGUCUCUACUCUGAUUCCAGAGAGAAGAAAUCAGGUAAUUUAUGGACCAGAUUAGGGUCUGCUCCGAAGACACAAGAAAAGACUUCAGAUAAACCUGAAAACUCUGUGGCAUCUCCAGAGGAAGAUGAUUCAGAGCUCCAGCGGGUUUGGGGUGCUCUCAUUAAGGAAAAAGAACAGUCUCGGCAAAAAAAGAGUCGAUUGGAUAAUUUACCAUCUCUACAAAUUGAAAUCAGCCGAGAAAGCAGUUCUGGAUCAGAUACUGAAUCAUGAUUGUUUUUACAUUCUGAUCUUCACCUCAAGAUUGUGACUGCAGUGUGGCAAGAUUUCCUUUGCCCAAAAGCUGAACACUGGCAAAGACUCUGCAGUGAAGGUUCCAGAAGUGUCUCUGUUCCUUUUAUACAAAAACAGAGACACGUAUACCACUUGAAACCUAAAGCAAUCACGUUUGUCUGGAGUCUGUGGUUGACCCUGUGUUACAUAGGGCAUUGUCAUAUAUGUUUAUUACAGCAAACCUGUAGUUAAUUCUAGCAAAACACUUUUCCCCAAGCUUUGAACUUAUAAGAAGAGGCAGAAAUGCUCUGUAUUUUUAAGACGACCUUUUUGUUCUUAAUAUUUUUAACAUGGAGCCUUUUAACAAAAUAUUUUACACAGUUCAUCCAAAGAACAGGGCAUUUCAAAAUCGACAUCAUUGCCUUGCCCUUCUGGCUCUUACCAGCACUUUUCCUUUCCUCUUGAAGUAAUAACAAUAAUGCUUCCUGGGUAGGCAGCCAGCAAGGAUAAAGCAUGAAGGGACUGACAUGUUCCCUUCCUCCAAAAAUACUGAAUGUAAAUCUAAGUUAAAUGUGUUAGUACAGUGAAAUUUCACAGAGUAUCCAAGCAGCAUCACUGCUCUCAAGGAAUUCUGCUCAUUUAUUUUGGUGAUACUACAUUCUGCUGUAGUAGGGAUUGAGAUGUGCAAGACUGCAAAGUUGGCUAUUUGAGAAUUGUGUAAAUUCCCAACGGUUUAAUUUUUUUUGUUGUUGUUACCUGAUGAGAAAUUAUAUUUCUUUCAUUUUACUGUAUCAUGUUUUGAAGAAAUUUAAACAUUUUAAAACAUACACUUUUAUAUUUGUGAGAAUUCUCUUGUUGGCCACGGUGAAAGCUAUAGUGGUGUUUUCCUAUGUGCUGUUUAACUAUAUAUAUAUAACUGAAAGAGAAAAGGAAAACUAUAGGAUCGCUGUCUCAUGUCAAUAUUUUUGAAUGUUCUUAUUGUGUAUUACAUGUGGAUGUGCACAUG